AUGGCACAUGUUCGAAGACACGAAACAAGAAGCAGUUCUAAAACUCAAGUUCCUGAACAGAAAUCACGAGUUGAUUGGCAGCGGACUAAAAGAAAUAGUAUCUUACAAUUAAAGGAUAGUGAUGAAGAGCUUGAUAGCGUUGAAGAGCUUGAUAGCGAUGAAGAGUUUGACAGUGAUGAAGAGUCUGAACUUGAUGAAAGUGUUGAUAAUGAUGAAAGCAUUAAUAAUAGUGAAGAAGUCGAUACUAACAAAGGUCAUGAUAACAACAAAAAGCCAGAAAAUGAGAGUGAGCUGAAAUUAAUUAUUGUUGAAAAUGAAGUAGAUAGCAGUAAGCACCUCAUUAACGCUGGCAGUUGUUCAACAUCUGAAGAAGAGCAGAACAAAAGCAAACAGAAUAUUAUUGACUUUCCAGAGCAUGAAAGUCAUCCGAAUCAGAAGGAUGAUGAUCUCAACAAACACUCUGAAAAAAAACUAGAAGAGGACUUGGAUGAAGAAUGCAUCAAGAGAGGAAAGAGAAAAAGGGUCUCCUCCUCAGUGAUGUAUGACAGUGAUGAGAGUGAUGACAGCGAUAUUCUAGUUAGAAAAGCAGGAGCCAAGCAUCCACGUAGAGUGAUUGAAGAUGAGUGUUCUUCAGCAGAGAUGGAGCAAACCAACCCUGAACACUCUGUAGUUGCACGAAAGAGAGAACAACUUCAGAAGCUGAAAGAACUUUCAAAACAAAGAUCUCGUCAGAGACACAGCAGUGGUAGUGAUUUUGAGAACUCUGAAAAAGAAUCCUGCCCAGGUAAUGAUGAGGAAGAUGAUGAUGAGAUCGAGGAUUAUGAGUCUGAUGAAGAUGGAGACGAUUAUGUUAUUGAUGACUUUAUAGUACCUGAUGAGGAAAGUCAGCAAGGAGAAAAACUGACUACUUCACAACUAAAAUUAAUAAAACAGAAUUCUCUUUAUUCUUUUAGUGACCACUGUACUCACUUUCAAAGAGUUGUGAAGGCUUUGCUGAUCAAUGCUUUAGAUGAAUCUUUUCUGAGCACACUGUAUGAUGGCACCAGGCAAAAAUCAUAUGCCAAAGAUAUGUUGACAUCUCUUAAUUUUUUUGAUGAUCGCUUUGUCCAGCCUCGUUUAGAGAAUUUAUUUUCUAGAAGUCAUUGGAAAGAGCAGUAUAAGGAACGGGUGGAAAAUUACUCUAAUGUUAGUAUUCUAGAGACGAACACUAAGUUUGGUUACUGCCAGGCCUGUGGAUUAUAUCGCUGCUGUAAAUACUUGGUGCAGUUAUCAGGGAAGAUGUAUAAUAUCCGAACUAUGGAAGGAGAUGAUUUCAUGUCACAUGAUAAGCAGGUGUUUACUAUUGGUAGAAUUUGUGCUAAUCGUACCCGGAUUUAUCAUCAACUGAAACAUUUUAAAUUCAAGCUCUACCAGGAAUGUUGCUCAAUUGCAAAGACAGAAGUGGAAGACGAACAGGUUAAAGAAACAGUGGAAAGAAUUUUCAGCCAGUUCAAAGAAAGUGGCUGGAUUAAAAAGAAAUAUGAUCAGCUUGAAGAAUAUCUUGGUCUUGCGGAUUACUUUCAAGAUGAGAAGUUCGAUUGA